AUGGAAUCAAAGCCUGACACUUGGGAUAUCAUGGAAGGAACAUCUCGAAAACGAAUGAAGACAGGGGUCAUAGUAGAGGCCAACACAAUGAGACCUUCUUUGCCUGAUCUUGUUAUUCAUCGAUUACUCACACAGCUGCUUCCGACUAAAGAUGCGCAUCGCAUGAGCUUUCUUUCCAAGCAAUGGGAAGGUGUUUGGUCGCUGAGCCCCGUAUUAGAUUUUGAUGAGUCCACAGAGGUUCAUGACGAUGACGUAAUUCCCGAAAAACAAGUUGAACACAGGAACUUCACCAACAUGUUGAAGAGGUACUUGGAAUAUCGAGAGAGCGACAAGACGACGCAAGUUUUGGAUAGAUUCAGACUUCGCAUGACAAGAUACUUGUAUGAAGAUUAUAGCAUCGUAGACAAUUGGUUGGAUUUUGCAUAUAAGAGGAGCGUCAAGGAGGUUGAUCUUAGCCUCGAAUUAGGUUGGCAUAAACUUCGUCGCCCUAACCCUGAAAUAAGUUGGGAAAAACAGGUCGAAUAUGUAUAUUGCCUAUCCCCAGUGAGUUUUUUUCAUGCAAAAUCCAUAACUACAUUGAAUUUGGAGUUUGUGAGAAUACGAAGGAGGUACAGUACUAGUGCAGAGCUUGAACAUGCAAGAGUUCUUCCUUGUUUGAAAAACAUGUCCCUGAAAAGCGUCUACCUAGACGAGCACUCUCUUGAGGACUUAAUUCUGGUGUGCCCUUCCAUCGAAUGCCUGUCAUUAGAUUCAUGUUGUUUCGAAUAUUCGGAAAUUAGCGUUUCAAGUUCUAGUCUCAAAUCUUUGGAAGUGAAGCACUGCGAUGCUCGCAAUAUUGUGGUAUUUAACUGCUUGAACCUUGAAUAUGUUACAUUCUUAUCAGAACUCCCACUCUCGAGGGCGCUCUUUUUAGCAUGCUACAAUUUGAAACAUAUCAGCAUCCAUGGUCAGUACUUGAGAAGACUUGUUUUGCAUAAAUGCCAUGAUAGCCUAGAGGCCACCAUCCAUACUCCGGGUCUUUUUAGUUUUAGAUUCGAUGGUUCUCUGAAAUCCAAACUCUAUCUAAAAGAUCCAGAUCUACAGAAACCCAUCAUCACUUUGAAAGACAAUUACAAUGGAGAAUCACAUAACAAUAUUCAAGCACUGAGAGAUUUUCUUGAGGCAUUUGAUGGUGCUGUCGACAAUAUGGAUCUCUACAUCUCGGAUUGUAACGCUAUCACUUUUCCAGUAAGAUUCAGAGCGACAUACUCGUCACCUUUGCCUGGGCGUAAGGUGCUUGUGCUCACCAUGUUGCAUAAUCCGACGAAGGCAAACGAUAUCUCCGACUUGAAUGACUUCUUGAGUUGGAUGGCAUCUGCAUUAUCAAUGGUACGGUACUAA